AAAAUGGGCGACAGCUCUGAUGUCUGGGUGGGAAGCGCUUACCUCUUUGUCCAGUCGACUUCUGAAAACGUUCUCCUGCCCUCGCUCUACGGAAAUCCAGACCGGAAGCCUCAGGUGUACAAAGCGCUCAAGUUGGCCUUUGCGGAUUCUACGGGUCGCCUCAACGGGGUGGACAUGCUGAAAGUCCACUGCAGUGACCCCCACUUGAUUGUCCAACUCAAAUUCUGCAACCGAGAGAACUGCCGCAAAUUUCUGCAAAGUUACCGUGAAGGAUCUCUCCGGGACUCUCUUCAGAGACAUCUCAAAGUCUCCUUGGCCAUGUCUAGCCCUCUCCCUGUCCAGAUGGAGCUGAAAACUGGUGCUGGGCAGUUGGACUCUAUGCUUUUGGAGGAGGAACGCUGCGUAGAAUGCAUCUCCCAAGAAAAGCCUAACCGUCUCAGGGACGAAGAAAUUAUAAAGCUGGAGGAAUCCCUCCAGAACUUGAGUUGUCAGGAAGUUUGCAGCAGCAUUGUGAGCUCAGCAAUACAGACUCCACCUGUGGAUUCUUCGCUUCCCCCCUGCAGUUCUGUGAGCAGCCUGAGUUCUUUGCCACAAGGAGACACCUUCACCUUCCAGGGACAGCAAUUUGCCAACAGAAAAAUAACCCUAGACGACCACCAGAAGUUUGCCAAACUCGUAUCCAAGAAAUGGAAGCAAGUGGGCCGGUCCCUGCAGGCCAACUGCCGAGCCCUUCACGACCCCACCAUUGAUAACUUAGCCAUGGAGUACGAGCGGGAAGGCCUUUACGAGCAAGCCUACCAGCUGCUCCGCCGGUUUAUCGACUCGGAGGGCAAGAGAGCCACCAUACAGAGACUGAUCGCAGCUCUGGAGGAUAAUGGCCUCCUAAGCUUAGCCGAGUUGCUGCUAGGGAUUCACCCCAAUGAGACCGCUGUGUAG